AUGACGGCAAAGAGACAUACUAUAAUUACGGAACAUGACGGCAAAGAGACCAUUUUACAAUGGGAACAGAGUGAUACAUUCUGUAGUCCAUCUUGGAGAAAAUUCAGACUUGUGAAUGAAAGAGAUGAAACUGCUUAUCUCAUCAGUUUCUCUGACUCACCAUUACUCAAGAAUUUAGACAUAUACCAAUCUAAAUAG